AUGUUUAAACUUAUUUUGCUUAUGGCCAUGGGCUUGGGCGCAAUGUACAUGAUGCACUUACUUGCACAGGACUACAAUAAAAUUCGCCAACCUGUUGCUGCAGCUGCCCGCGUACUCGCAAGUGCUAGCAACACGGUUGCACGAUCGAAGCGAGACAACAACGAGGCAGUCACCAAAGUUCACAAGUUUUUUAAUAUACCAGAGCAAUCAAUAAGCCUAAAUAUUGCCAACACAACUACACUCAGCAUUGACUGGAAACGUAUUUUAUCACGAGAUCCUUUCGAAUGUUUGCAAUCACUGAUAUGCCAGCUCAUGUCGGGUGCAGAGAGUCAUUCGCGUGAGGCUAAACUGCUAACGGAAUUCCUCGAAACGACGGUGGCAUUAGCGCCAACAAAAAUUGAACGCGCAUUCAACCGAGGUCUGGCUCUGCGAGGUGCUACCGAUCGCUGUUACAAUGAGUACCCAUUUUGUGUUUAUUCGGCAAAAACGAUGAUCAGAGUGCUAACGUGGUUUGUCGAGUCACCGAUUGAGGAAGAAUCUUAAUUGUCCAAUCGUAAAAUUGCAGGUGGCAUUGCUCGAAAAGUCAUUUUACAUGUGCAUGUGCAUAACGCGCGUUUGUUGAAAGAGAGCCAUACCCAAAAAAAAGUAUAUUUAUAAGUAUAAGUACAUACGUAUGUAUCGAGAAACCGGCUUUAAAGCUUUGAAUUAACUAUUUAUAUUUAGAUUUACUACAAAUAUUAUCUGCACAUAUUUUCUUCUAAUGAGGUACUGAUGCCGUAUGAAUUUUUGCUCAGCAUAAAAGAAGAGCAGAGGUAAUUUCUCGGAUGGAUUAUCCAUAAGACAGUGUAGGCAACUGCCUAGACACCUCGCGAAAGUGUUGCAUCGAUUGAAAACUUAAUUUGAAGAUUUGUAUCCUCAACGCCAAUAUAUUGCUUUCUACGAUGCGAUUUUUCAUUGCGUUGCCUAGGGGCCUCGACAUGAAUAAUCCGA